GCACAGUUUGCUUAUUAAGGGACUCAUAAUAACUUCUUUCUCAUGCGUGAUUACAUAGUACACUCUUUUAGGUUUCACCGGACAGGUUUAGGUCUGUACUAACAUUAUGUUCAGUCUCCAGACUGCUGAAAGAAGAGGCGUUUUAUAAAUUAAAUACUAAACAAAACCGAAACAAAGAUGAACGAUGACGUUGAACACCCUAAACACAUGAAGUUUUUGUCCGCCGCUUUUUACGCCUUCAGUUCGUUUUUCAUCAUCGUGGUAAAUAAAAAUAUUUUAACUCAACACAGGUUUCCUUCAUACAUGUUUCUUGGAAUUGGACAGAUGGCAGCUACAAUCAUCAUUCUGUAUGUUGCCAAAAUGAACAAAGCUAUCCACUUUCAGGACUUUGACAAAAGUAUUCUCAAUAAGAUUUUCCCUUUGCCAUUGCUAUAUGUGGGCAAUCAUGUGACUGGUCUGGGCGGGACAAAGAAAUUAAGCUUACCCAUGUUCACCGUACUUCGAAAAUUCACAAUUUUACUGACAAUGAUUAUGGAAUCAAGAAUAUUGAGAAAAACCUUCUCCCCUCCGCUGGUGUGCAGUGUUCUGGCUAUAGUUCUUGGGGCUUUGGUGGCAGCCAGCUCUGAUUUAUCCUUCAACGCAGAAGGUUACACGUUUGUUCUAUUAAACGACGUCUUUACGGCCGCCAGUGGAGUUUACACCAAAAAAAAACUUGGAAUGGAGGGUCUUGGUAAAUAUGGAGUUUUAUUUUAUAAUGCGUUUAUCAUUAUCAUCCCAACUCUUUUGGCCAGUGCCUUCACUGGAGACCUACAGAAGGCUCUGGCAUUUGAAGGCUGGCUGUCUUUUACUUUUAUAUUUUAUUUUCUGCUGUCUUGUAUCAUGGGGUUUAUUUUGAUGUAUUCCAUAAUCCUCUGCAGCUAUUACAACACGGCACUAACCACAACCGUCGUUGGUGCAAUUAAGAAUGCCGCGGUGAUGUACAUCGGCAUGUUUAUUGGCGGAGACUACAUAUUCUCAUGGCCAAACUUUAUAGGGCUGAAUAUCUGUAUCUCCGCUGGACUAAUUUAUUCCUACAUCACGCUCCACGGCAACAGCACUUCAGUACUGAACAAGAACCCCGUGCAGGACAAACUCACCAUUCAGAUAACAAGUCCAGAGAAAACAUGACAGUGACGCAGACUGAGAGCUUAUGUUCACUGUGAAAUUAAGUGCAUUUUUAAUGUAAAGUCGCCUAUGCAUCAUUAUUCAUUACUAUGUUACAUGCUGAAAAGUUUACAUACCCCUUGAUGAAUCUAAAGGGGGUAAAAAAAAGGUUUUAGGAUUCCCCUAUUGAAACGUAGUGCAUUUAAGUGUUUUGCACUAGACAACAAGGAUCUAUACUGUACAUAGUUAUUUUGUCCUAUGUAAUGUAUGUACAUUUCUCCUGUCUGAUAGCUUCAUGUGGGCAGAACACAACAAAAUAAAUUAAACGCAAUUAUUUACAUUUACAUGCAUUUGGCAGACGCUUUUAUCCAAAGUGACUUACAGUGCACUUAUUACAGGGACAAUCCCCCCGGAGCAACCUGGAGUUAAGUGCCUUACUCAAGGACACAAUGAUGCUGGCUGUGGGGAUCAAACCAGCAACCUUCCGAUUACCAGUUAUGUGCUUUAGCCCACUACACCAUCACCAUCCAAAGUGACUUACAGUGCACUUAUUACAGGGACAAUCCCCCCGGAGCAACCUGGAGUUAAGUGUCUUACUCAAGGACACAAUGAUGCUGGCUGUGGGGGUCGAACCAGCAACCUUCUGAUUACCAGUUCUGUGCUUUAGCCCCACUAUGCCACCGCCACUCGCAUUUGUGAACGCCCUCCCUCCAUAAUUAUGAGCAGAACAGAAUACAAGUUUUUUUAACACUUCACAUUAACACUGCCUUUGUUAAGAAUUUAUAAAGGGGUUCAUUAAUAACUAAAGUCAUUUACAGAUGCUUUAUAAAUCAUUUAUAUUCAGUUAUAACGACUCCUAUUGUAACUCAUGCAAUACUUGCAAAUUAGUGAGCAUUUCAACUUGCAUUCAUAAUGCAUACAAAUAAACUUGCUUAUAAAUGCUUAACAGAUCAAUCGAAAACACAAAAUUAAAAACAUCAUACUUAUUCAGUCAUUAUAUAUAUAUAUAUAAAUAAAUCCAGUUAAUAACAUAGUAAUUAA